CUGAAAUCGAUUUAAUUAUAGUGUAGUAGUAUCAUGUUUGAUUGUGAGUGAUUUAAAUAAAUUUUUUUGUGUUAUGAAAUUAACAAUUAUAGCCAAUAUUGACUCACCAUCAUCCUCAUCCGUUCAGCUUUUAAGAAGAACGAAAUUACACAGGUGCACAAUGUGGUGGCAACAGUGGUAGAAGAGAAGAGGGCGGCCGGAUGCGGCCCGCGCGCCCCCGUCCGCCCGCAGCCUCCGUCACCCAGCGCCGUCCGCACAACGCACUAUGCGCAUGGCAAGUGCCCUGCCCACUCUGCUCGCGGUGCUGUGUGGUGCAGUGGCGGACGCUGGCGACGAGAUCGCAAACGUGAGCCGCGUGCGCCGAGCACCUCACAUCUCGCACCGCAUCACGAUAGAAAAAGACGAUAUGUCGUGGAAGCGGUCCCACUGGCGGGAGAUGCAGCUUAUUCUCCAGCAACAGGGGACGCGGAAGGACGGUCAGUCCCCAGAGACGCAGAAAGAAGGCGUCGAUUGCUGCCCCUCGGUCCUCGAAAUGGUCAUCAAGAAAGGAGGCCGGACGGUCAACGGACUGUAUGUUGAGCUCUACGAAGACGGAGAGAACAAGCAGCGGCUGUUCGAGCUGACGUGUGCACCGGGGAUCGUGGACAUGCCGUGCCGGUUCAUCGACGCAAGACUCUACAACGACUCGAGAUGCGUCCAAAAAUACUCCUACUCGUACGCGUUAGUACGGCCUCCCCCCCAGUCUUCGGCCACGGAAUCUCCUCACCAGAAGUCCGAGGGACAUUUCUCGGUGCCCGGCUCCGAUGGCUGGUCGAUGGACUACGUGAAAGUGCGUGCCGGUUGUGAGUGCCAAAUUAAACCUCCAAAGAACACUCGUAAGAGACACAAGAAGAGGAAACGUAACAGAAGAAUAGUUGAGAACGAUGAGACCUGACACCGUCGGUGCGUAAUUGUGAACCAGUGGGAUAAUAGUGAGAACUGAUCGAGAGUUUACGGUGUGCUUCGUACUGAUGGUAGGGGAUUUGCGAAAUCAAUUAAUACAAACGUUACCGGAAUAUUGUUGUUGAGUAUUUUGGUGUUAUUUCGGUGUUUGUCGAUAUUUAUUAUUAUCGGGAAAAUAUUUAAAACAUUUUUUUUUUUGUCUUAGUAGCUAUUAUCGAUUUAUUGGAUAACGGUAAUGUGCCUUGACCGGUGUGCCUUGUCACGGAAGUGCCGGAAAUGUUAUAGAGGAAACGAAAUGUAUUUUCGGGCGUUUUUAAAUUGAAAUGUAAUUUAUAUAACGACAUCCAACAAGAUUAACGUAUUCUCGCACCAAAACAGACGCAAAAUGUGCAUAAUUCUUUUUUAUAUGUUUUUUAGAGAUCACUUCGUUGAAGCCUAAAUUCUUAACGCUGUCUUCUUCAAUCUGUGUCCACUCAAUACGGAGUGUAGGUCUCUUCAUAUGCACUCCAUUAUUUUCGGUCUCUUCCCUUUCCCAUCCAGUCCUUACCGGCUAUAUUUACCAGGUCGUAGGUCCAUCUCAUUGGUUGUCUACUCACCUUACGACGUCCAGUACUAGAUCCACUCCAGUAUUUAACGCUGAGACAUUUCUUGAACACCUCAAAGUCUUAACAAACAACCAUCCUUAACAAUAAACUAUUCUGAUUAUAUUUUAAUUUAAUUAAUUAAAGAAACGCAUAGUUGUGGGUAAGGGUUAUGAGACCGCGAAGCUAGGCGCAAAAUCCUUUCUGUUGUUACGCACAAAGCGAGUUUGAAGGGUGUGACCAAAACUCAAGAUGGGUGACGGUAUUCUGGUGUCUAUGGCCUCCAGGAACUUUAAAUCUCCUCUCUUAGGAUUGCUGGCCAAUGACCCUGAUCACCAGGUCUGGACGAACGAUCGAGCUCAAUAUCAUCACAAAAAUGUGUUGAAUUUAUCAGAAAGGAAUAGAUGUACAGACGUGCCCACAGACCUACAAGUCUCAUACAAGAAGUCAUAAAAAAAAUUACACGGGGUUAGCUUAAAAAAAUCUGAACUAUUCGAUUGAUCUAGCAAACGUGCUGCGAUAUAAGCUAGGUUAAACAGUAGAGCUCUGAAAACAUAAAAUUAAGAACAGUUACAUCCGUAUGCCUUUCGUAUUAAGACACAGCUAUACAGAUUUUCUCGCAAGAACUUUGAAAAUUAUUAAAGGAACAUUUUGACACAAAUUCCAUCUUGCUCACACUCAGAUGUUAAUUUAUGUAUGUGAGCGGGACGGCAAAUUAAUAUUAUACAUAUAAGUUACAGUAACGCAUUCUGUGAUUUUAAUUCUGUUCAAUUAAAAUAAAAGGUUAACAUUAGACCAGUGGCUCUCAACUACGCUGCCGCGGCACUUUUGUAUACCGCCAUAUUUUACCAAUUUUAUUGUUAACUAUUAAAUUAAUAUUAUUAACUUAUAAUUAAUACCUUAAUAAACACCCUAGUAUAUUUUUGCAUAUUACUUUACUUCAUAUUCAAAAUAAUUAACUAUUUUAGGGUAAGCAAACAAUUUCUUUGUGUGUCGUCAAAUUUUGAAAACGUUAAAAAUGUGCCGCGACGAAAAAAGUUGAGAAUCACUGCUUUAGAAUAAAGAAAAAUUUUGGUGAAAACUUAUACAUUUUGAAAAGAAGAUAGGUCGAUAUUUUGUCAUUAUCAUUUAUAACAUUAAAAUGACAUUAUUCAGUACCAAAUUCAAUUUAUUUUAUAUAAUAAUAUACCCAAAUCAUUACCUACCUCCCCUCUGGGGCAGUCAGGUAAACAAAACCAAAAACAUUCACAAGAAACAUAGCAAUAAUGACACCUAGAACUAUCUUUAAAAACACUACUUUCAGCUCUUGUCCAUAGAGGUCACUUUAAUAAUAAAAAAUACGAAUUAAAAAUGUCAAUUUUAUUUUUAUUGGUGUCUUUCAUGUUUAAUGCUCUCUUCACCUUUAAAAUUAAGAGUAUUUAUUCAAUUUAACAAUUAAUGAUUUUUUUGUUAUUAUUUGUAUCAGUACUUACUUAGGUAUAAGUGCGUUGAGUCAAAGAUCUGUAUUAUUUUCUAUUUUUUAUUACUUUUACUUUAUGUAAUGUAGUUGUUAUAAAAUAAGGAAUUAUUUUCAUUUAUUUAUACUGUUUAAUACGAGGUAUUCCGAUAAUAAUCAGUAUGAAUGUUAGUUUUGUAUGUAGAACCGCUUACAUAUUGUUUUAUUGUAAAUAAUGUAAAAUGUGAACAGACAAUAGUAUUCUGCAAAUAUGAGAUUAUGCUGAUAAAUAUUUUUAUUGUGCAUUUAAUGUGUAUUUCAACGUUGCGAAACUAGCGACAUCUGUCGCUGCGUAGAAUAAAACUAAGAACACUGUUGAAUUUAUUUACAUAUUUAACGCAUUAACCAUAUAUUAAUUUUUAACAUAACAGUGCCAUUUCAUUUAUACAUAGUACUUUGUAAAAAUUACCUGAUCGACGUAAUUUAUACAUACAAAGGCUGUUUGUUUAAAGUAUGGAUCCUUCUGGAAAUAAAUAGAACUAGAAUAUUCACAUUAUGAAAUUGUAAACGAAUUUGAGAUUAAUUUUUUGUUGAUUGGUAAUAAAUUAUAAACUGGAAUUGCAAUACGUCACAUCACAAUGUAAUUAAUUUACAUCUGUAAGUUUUUUUUGUUGAAGUCAAAAGUGAAUAAAACAAGAA